AUGGUGCGCUUUGUAUGCACUUGCGAAUUUCCUUCUGUUGAGGAGAAGACUGUGAGGAAAAUUGAAAGAUUUGAAAGUAGAGGUGGCGUCUUACAAUUUGUUGGUUAUUUCACUUGUUCAAUCGCAGUUCUUUACAGAUCGUCUGAAUGGAUCUUACCGUCGAUCUUCCGUGGUUUGGUUCGGAAAGAAAGCCAUUCUUUGCCUCAGAUUUUUGACGAGGAUGAGGGAGCAUGUUCUGCUAACUUUUUGCAGUUAAAAUUUGACGAAUCACAAAAAAGAGCAGAACAGCUAAAAUCGACGACGACACCUGCUACUACAAAUGAUGAUGAAAACGAAAAAGUAAAUAAGGAGAACGAGUACACCCUUCCAGAGAACCAGCCUCCUACGGAUCAAACUAGAAAAUCGAGGAGACGGCCUGCCCGGAGAGUUAGCAGUGAAGGUGACAAUAACGAUGUGAGAAUGAAACUGAGGAGAAGUACUCGAAAAAGAAGCGCCUCAACAAGGAAGCCUAGUCGCAAUUAG